AUGGGUGCAGUGAUUUGCUAUGAUAAACACCCCAUUGCAUAUGCUUCAGCUUCAUUAAGCUCAUGUCAACAGUCAUACUCUCAGAUUGAGAAAGAGCUAUUAGCAAUCCUAUUUGGUUGUACAAAGUUUCACCAAUAUGUCUAUGGUCGCCACACUUUGGUUGAAACAGACCUCAAACCAAUAGUAUCGCUCUAUAAAAAACCAAUUUAAAACAUUCCACCCCGUCUUCAAAGAAUAAUGCUGAGAUUACAACCAUAUGACCUCAAUGUAACUUACAAACCAGGUAAAUAUCUUUAUGUAGCUGAUACUCUGUCCAGAGCAGCUUUACCAGAACAGUCAUUACAUGAUCUUGAUUCUGACCUAGAUUUACAUGUCAAUUUAGUCAUUAGAUCACUGUCAGUUAGUCCAAAUAAACUUAAAUCUAUUCAAGAACUAACUUCCGAAGACAAGGAAUUGUCACUCUUAAGUAAAUGUUGCAUAGAAGGUUGGCCUGAACAUAAAAAAUUACUUCCAGACAUCCUUAGGUCUUAUUUUCCUUUAAAAACUGAUAUACACAUUAUUAAUGGCAUUGUCUUCAAAAACAACAGUGUCAUUAUACCAGUAGCCAUGAGGAAUGACAUAUUGAAACAGAUCCAUGAAGGUCACCAGGGCAUUCAUAGUUGCCAAAGAUUGGCAAGAAAUCUAGUAUACUGGCCUAAUAUGUACUCUGAUAUAGAAAAAUAUGUUAAUAAUUGUCAUAGCUGUCUCACUAACAGACGCAGCAAUUCCAAAGAGCCACUACUGCCUCAUGAAGUAAAACCAAUCCCUUGGAAUAAAGUUGGAGUUGAUCUAUUUGAUCUGAAUUUACACAAGUAUGUCAUAGUCGUUGAUUAUUUUUCCCAAUAUGUCGAGCUUGUUAAGCUAGUUGGUGGUUCCACUAGUAAAAUUGUCAUUAGUCACUUAAAGUCUAUUUUUUCCAGACAUGGAAUACCCAACAUUCUAAUUUCAGACAAUGGUCCCCCAUUUAACUCAAAAGAGUUUCAUAAUUUUGCUUUAGAUUGGCAAAUUCAACAUAUUACAUCAAGUCCCUAUCUUCCACAGUCUAAUGGUCUUGUAGAAAGAACCAUAGUCACGGUUAAAAAUAUAUUAAAGAAAUGUCUUACCGAUAAUACAGACCCUCAUUUAGCAUUAUUACAGUAUAGGAAUACACCUAAAGAAAGCAUGUAUUCACCUGCCCAAUUACUAAUGUCCAGGUCACUCAGAACUAAACUUCCAGUCUUAGAACAGACUCUAAAACCUAAAAUACCUAACUAUAGGUCUCUAACAAAUAAAACUCAAAUAAAAAAGAAUAAAUCACAAAUUUAUUAUAAUAAACAUACUAAACCGUUGUCUUCCCUAAACAUUGGUGAUAAAAUAUACUUCAAGAAACAGCCAGACAGUAUUUGGACACCUGGUACUGUUUCUGACAUAGGUCCACAGCCUAGAUCAUAUACUAUUGUCUCCCCGGAAGGUACUUUUCGUCGUAAUCGCCAACACAUCCUACAACAAAAACUUUCACCCUCUGAGUCCCCUCCUAGUAGUAGUUCACUUCCAUCUCCGUCAGUCCCACUAGAUACUGAUCCAACGUCCCCUUCCAAUGUAUCGCCGUCUCCUCCAUCGAAUUAUCAAUCCCCUGGUAGAAAUAAUCCUGUCCAAGAAUCUGAAACAAAAACAAACACAUCACAUACGCCAAAUACACGUACUCACCACACAACUUAUUCUUCAUUCGGCAGAGCUAUCAUAAAGCCCCGAAGAUUUUGGUAAUUAGUCUAGAUUAAGUUCAUAAUUUGUACUUAGUUUGUAAAUGUAUUGUUUAAUGUCUUUAACCUAAUUUUGUUUUGUGUAGCUGUCAAAACACAGUUAUGUCAAUUUAGUAGACGUCAAUGUGAGAACUGUCAAAAUUGAAAAUGUCAGUCAAGUCAAUGUUCCGUACCAUUAUUUUAGUCUAA